AUGGCAACGGAAGCCCCUCAACUCAAAUACAUCGAUAUUGGCAUCAACUUCACUGACCCGAUCUACCGAGGAGAAUAUCACGGCACCAAAAGGCACGAAGAUGACUUUGAAGACGUGAUCCAACGCGCCGUGGACGCCGGCUGCAAGAAAUUCAUGGUAACAGGUUCCGACCUCGAGGAAUCCAAACACGCCGUCGAGAUCGCCAAAGCGCACCCAGGACAAUGCUACGCAACCGUCGGUGUACAUCCCUGCUCAGCAAAACACUUCGAUACGCAUCCUGGAGGUCCAUCGGAACUGCUAUCUGCGUUGAAGAGUCUGGCGCUUGAGGCUAAAGAAGCGGGUCAUGCGGUGGCGUUUGGCGAGAUAGGCCUUGAUUAUGAUCGACUGUUCUUGACGGCGAAGGAGCCGCAGUUGAAGUACUUUGAGGCACAGUUGGACAUCGCGAUUGAUGUACAGCUACCGCUGUUUCUACAUUCGCGAGCUGCGAGCGAGGACUUUGAAAAGAUUCUCACGGCGAAGUUGGAGCAGUUGCCGAAACGGGGGCUGGUGCAUAGUUUUACUGGAACGGCAGAGGAGAUGAAACGGCUUGUUGAUUUGGGGUUUGAUAUUGGGGUUAACGGGUGUAGCAUGAAGACCGAUGAGAACAUCGAAGUCGUCAAGCAAAUACCACUUGAGCGUCUGCAAAUCGAGACGGACGGCCCGUGGUGCGAGAUGCGACCUAGUCAUGCAUCAGCCAAGUAUCUGCAAGACGCACCGCCGCUACCCAAGGCGGUCAAGAAGGAGAAGUUCGCCAAGGGUAUGAUGGUCAAGGGUCGGAAUGAGCCAGCUACGAUACCACAUGUGGCACAUGCGAUUGCAAAGAUCAAGGAGAUCACCGUAGAGGAGGUUUGCGACGCAGCAUGGAGGAACUCGAUCAAAAUGUUUGGACUCGGUGAGACAGCGUAA